CUCCUGGGCUGUUCCGGAUGAGACGCCUCCCUCCCACCGCCCCACUGAUCCUCUUAUCAGCUAGUAAGCGGCCAAGAUGGAUGUUGCAAACCAGUUGGUGGCCCAAGGGCAGUUCACGGUAGUCAAACAACCUUUGGGAUUUAUAAAAGUUCUUCAGUGGAUCUUUGCAAUCUUCGCCUUCUCGACAUGUGGCAGUUACUCUGGCAUGUUCAAGAUGAGCGUGGAGUGUAAAAACCGGUCGGAGAGUGACCUGGGCAUAGAAGUAGAAUUUGAAUAUCCAUUCAGACUCCAUCAGGUUUACUUUGAUGCCCCCACCUGCAAGGAAGGAAAGUCUGAGCGUCUAUUCCUGGUUGGGGACUACUCCUCCUCAGCUGAGUUCUUCGUCACCAUCGGUGUCUUCUCCUUCCUCUACUCCAUGGCAGCCCUCGCUGUUUACUGUUUCAUGCUGGAGAAGUACCGUGAAAACACCAAAGGGGCCCAGAUCGACUUUGUUGUGACGGCGGUAUUUGCCUUCAUGUGGCUGGUGUCUUCAUGUGCUUGGGCUAAAGGCCUAUCAGACGUGAAAACAAACACUGAUCCAGAGAAGGUCAUCAAAUUUAUCUCAGCCUGUGAGGAACAAGAGAAUCGCUGCCGUGAGGUCUACGACCCCAAGGUCUCCGGCCUCAACACUUCCGUGGCUUUUGGCUUCAUCAACCUCAUCCUGUGGAUAGGAAACCUGUGGUUCGUCUUCAAGGAGACCGGCUGGAUGGCUGCCUUCGCUGGAACAUACGUCCCAUCGCAGGAGAAGCAGCCCGCCCCCGACUCCUUCGGCCAGGGAGGCUACGGUCAGCAGGACCCCUACGCCGGCUCCCAGGGAGGCUACCAGCCCGACUACGGUCAGCAGGGAGGCUACAAUGAGGAAGGAGGUUACAGCCAGGGCUAUGAGCAGCAGCCCACCUCUUACUCUAAUCAAAUGUGAGCCUGUCCAGCUAAACCACGGUUGUAGGAUGGGUGACCUUGUGAUUUCGGAGUGUGGCUGUUGACCACCACCUGCAUUUCCACACUCCUCAGUUUGUCUGUUUGUGUAUCUGUGAGUUGACAGGCGGAGGGAGGCAGGCAUGGAGGGCAGAAACUGGUGGGUCCUGGGGAAGGGAGCACCAAUGGGGAGCAGGAUCUGGAGGGGGUUGGGGGGGGGGGGGGUAAAAAAAAGUGGGAAAUGGGUCUUUGCUGUAACAUGAUGUUUAUUCUCGUGAUGUAUUUAACUGUAGAAGACAACAGAGGAUUGUCUGUUUGGUUAUACGAGAAAAACUUGAAUACAAAUACCAAAACAUUCGUUGACGAACAUUUAAGAGAAAUCUUGUAAUGGAAAAGACAUUUAUGAAGAAAAAAAAUAUUGUAGUAAUAUUUAACUUGAGAGAAUGUAUUUGUCUGUGCUGUGUAAAUAUCAACAUGCUGAUAUAUACGUAUGAUUACAUGUACACAGUUGAAUAAUUGUGCACUCCAUAUUAGUUGUUAUACAACAAAUGUUGAGCACAGAGUUAUUCAAUUGCAAUUACUUUGGUUCUGUUUAGGAGCUCACAUAGUUUAGCCUUUGCCCUUCAAUUCCCUUAGAUUAUUCAUGCCACAAUGAUGGUUUUAUGCAUUCAUCUCAGAAUCUGUGAAAAUCUUUUUUUCUUUUUUUUUCUCAUGUGAUUGCAAAUGUUGAAGGGAAAACAGAAGAGAAUUACUGAUAUAUAAGUGAGCAGAAAAAGAGUAAUAUAUAGUAGUAGCAGUGAAUAUAUGAUACCAGAAGGCUAUUAGUAGGUUGUUUCAACUUUAUUUAUGUUUUUAUAUGUAUUUUUCCAUCAAAUAUCAAUGUCGAGAGAGGAUGAUACACAGAACAUUUUGAAUCCUGACAUACAAAAUCAAAACUAGCAUAUAAGGUUAUGAAAAUUAGUGAGCAUGGUUGCAUCCCAUAUUUGCUGUGCUCUAUAGUGUGCUGUCAGUAUGAAUAUCGUGAGUCGGGGCAGAGAACAACAGUUUUAGCGGCGUGUGUUUGUUUAUUCGUUCAGAUUUAUGUAAAGGCAUCCAACAGAUUUUGUCAGUGAACCUCUUCCUGUUUUUUUGAUCGCCUUUUAAUGUGUUCCAGAAAGUUGUAAGACAGAGUCAUAUAGUUUUUUAACUGGCGUUUCUAUCACACUGUAAUCAGUGACUUACAUAACUCACAUUAACAUGAACCAUAGGUAAAAUGAGAAUAAAGUACAUUUACACUUUAAAGACCUUGGUUAUGCCAUGGUAAACAUACGUUAUCACGAGGCGGUCCGAACAGUAUGUCUCCAUAGAUACUUCUGCAUCCUCAAUCCUUCCUUAUCUCUUCUCUUUCUGAAGGCAAGCAAAUUUACUGCACGCAUCUUACACCUUAUAUCCUAAAGCAUCCCUAAACAUGUUUGAGAGGCCGAGGCUCUAAGCUGCAGGAAAGCAUUAGACUAAACAGUGAUGCUGUGGUAUGUUUGAUCCAUCUCAGUAGAUACUGCACAGCACAUACAGCAGCUCUGCUAUAUUCCACUCAAAGCACACAAGUGCUGCAAUAAUCACUUCUUUCCAGAUAUAGAUACACCCUUCCUACCGCCGUUUGGAUAUACAAGAUCGUGUUUGCCAAAUGGUAAGAGAUGUGUCUUGAUCGGUAGUUUUUGCUUCCACAGUCUUCAUCAGAAUGAGUAUCAUCCAUCUCCAGUAUAUCAAUCCAUUGCACAGCCUUGGUUCACUUGUUUGUUUGUUUUUUAAAUCAGGGUUCUUUGAUUCAGGCAGUGUAGAAGCACCUGGCUUUCUCUCUUCCUCUAGUCCGCCCCACCUUUGUUUUUUUCUCUUCCUCUCUUUCAUCGUAGCUCUUAUAAAUAUGCUGAAAUGAAAUAUACUCUGUUGUUAGUGGUGAAUGAUGUCUUGUGAUACUCUCUACGCCUUUGGAUAGUGCUGUGUUUAUUGUGUAUGAUGUAUACAUAUUAGUAUUUAUGAUAAUGAUAAGUCAGAGAAAAAAAAUAUCCAAGACUCUCCAGAAUUCUGCUGUACUUCUUAUUAUAUGGGAUCCAUGUGAAACAAAAUGAAAUAAACUUGAAAUUAUUCUGUUGAAGGUUAAAAUGUGCACUUCUGUUCAUAGGAGUUGAUUGUUCGUUUUUGUUUUCUUGGUUGAGUUGAGUUCACUAAAAGUGUUUUUUGAAAUGUUAAUCAGUUUUAUUAAUAUGCUGUAAAAAAAAAAAAAAGAUUAUCGUAAAAGUAAACACCAAUUGUUGUUG